AUGUGCUCACGCCCCGAAGAGCCCCCCCGGCAGCCGCUCCCGCUGCAGGGGCGCCGGCAGCCGCCGCAGGAGCUGCUGGAAGCCCCCGGCCCUCACUGUCCGUCAGGGCUGUGCCAGCGGCUGGCGACGCUGGAGGCCAGGGCACCUCUGGGCCCCCAGCCCGAGCAGGGGGAGCCGGAGCCGAGCCAAGGCCCGCGGGACCAGGCGGGACAGGUCCGAACAGCACAGCACAGGGCCACGCUCCGCCUCGACACCCUCCUGCCGCCCGCGGGGCCGCUGGCGGCCGAGGCCAGGGCACUGCGACUGUCCUACUUGCGCUCCGGGGGACACGACCCCGUCAUCCUGGACCAACUCCUCCACCUCCAGCUGGAGGCCACGGUGCUGGAGAAAGGAACCGCGGGGCUGCGUGGGGGCAGGCAGAUGGGUGAGCGCCAGCAGCAGGCCCGGGCCUGUCCCCCCACAGGGACCGUGGCCCCACAGCCGGCACCUGAGGCACCCCCGGCUGUGCCAGCAGAGCCCCCCAGCCCUGGCACACACGGUCUGGAUGCAGCGCUGCUGGCCGUGGAGCUGGAGAACCGGCGCCUGGAAGAUGAACUGUUGGUGCUGAAGGUCAGAAGGGAGAGGAGAGCAGACGCUGGAGCCCCCCAGGCCAGCACUGGGGCCUGGCAGGCCCACAGGCCAUGUGCCCCCUGGCCUCCCCCUCACCCCCUUUGUGGCCCUGGAGGACCCUCCUCCUGCUCAGGAGCCCUCAGCACAAGACAGGGCUGCCCGAAGGUGAACCAGGAAUAGGCCAUGGCCCCACUGGACUGCCUUGCCACCCCCUCCACCACCACCUUCAGUGGCAAAAUGGGGCUUCAGUAACUGUUGGGGUGAUGAAAGGAUGGCAAAACCUGUGUUUGAGCUGCAGAGAUGAGUUUAAGCACCAGCUGUGCAGCUGAUACCAGGAUCCCACAGUGCACCCCAGGGUACAAGUAUACAGAUCACUGCUGGGACUAAAGAGGCUCCAGGCAUUUGAGCAGGAAAAGGACAGGAAAAAUCCCUAAGCCAGCAGCAAACCGAGUUACAAAGCUCAGCUCCACCUCAAGAGGGAGCCCACACCCAGAGUGGUUCAACCACUCCAGCUCACAAUGUGGUUUGGGGACAGGCAGAGGGCACAGAGGGGCACAAUAAAUUCCCUGCCCUCAGACACAUCCCCAUAUGCAGCCCUCUCUCUAUAGGGAAAGCCCAACCCAGGGCCUGCACAGCUCAGCCCUGGGAACCAGCAAAAGCUACAGCCAUC